AUGACAAAAUCAAGUUUUGCUAAACGUAUGAAAAAUUGUUUUUCUUGUGGAAUAUAUCAACGACGAUCUCCUUCACCACCACCACCACCACCAUCACAACUCUACAAAGAAACCCCAAGAUCAAGAUCAAAUUCAAAAGUAAAACUCAUGGCUGCUGAGACUGGUGAUUCAGGUGAUUGGCAUACAGCUGAAUGUGGAACAUCACAAUAUACAUUACCUAAACGUUAUCAAGACUUAAGUCCUAUUGGACAAGGGGCAUUUGGAGCUGUAAUUCGUGCAACUGAUCAAGAAACCGGUAAAGAUGUAGCAAUUAAAAAAAUGCUUCGCCCAUUUCAAAGUGAAACACAUGCGAAACGAACUUAUCGUGAACUCAAAUUACUUAUGCAUUUGAAUCAUAGUGAUGCACAAAUUGUACAAUUAUACAAUGUAUUUACACCGGAAAAAAAUGUUAAUGAUUUUCAAACAUUAUAUUUUGUAUUAAAUUUUGUUGAUUACGAUCUAAGUAAAGUUAUUAAACGUGGAAAACCAUUUACAGAAGAUCAUAUUAAAUUACUUAUCUAUUCACUUUUACGCGGAUUAAAAUUUAUUCAUUCUGCUGGUGUUAUUCACCGAGAUUUGAAACCAACAAAUAUCGGAAUUAGUAAAAAUUCAGAUCUUACGAUUCUUGAUUUUGGUCUUGCUCGUGUUGCAACUAGCGGUCUUCAAACUGGUUAUGUUGCUACACGAUGGUGGCGUGCACCAGAAGUUUUUAUUAAUUGGGAACGUUAUGAUGAAAAAGUUGACAUAUGGUCAGUUGGUUGUAUAAUGGCUGAGUUAAUCCUUCUUAAACCUCUUUUCGCUGGAACAGAUCAUAUUGAUCAAUUAACAAAAAUUUUUGAUAUUGUUGGUACACCUGAUUUAGGAACAUUAGAUGAAGUUUGUGAACCAUAUGCUCGUGAUUAUAUACAUAAAUUACCCACAAAACCUAAACAAGAUUAUAAACGCUUAUUUGGUUAUAAAUAUGAACAAGGAAAUGCAACACCAGUAUCUGGUAUAUCAGCUCAUGGUAUUGCAUUACUUGAUCGUCUUUUAUCAUUUGAUCAUCGUUCUCGACCAACAGCAGAAGAAGCUUUAUCUGAUAGUUAUUUUGAACAUUUACAUGAUCCAAUGGAAGAACCAUCAACUCAAGUACUCGUUGAUGAGCAUCAAGAUGCAGCUUAUCCCAUAGCAACUUGGAAAUGUAAGUAG